GAUGGUGAUCAAGGUUCAUAUCGCUAGCCAAUGUUGUAAGAGGAAGCUUCUACAAGCUGUCUCCGUGCUACAAGGUAUCGACAAGAUUGAAAUGGAUGCUGAGAAGAACACGAUGACAGUCAUCGGCUCCGCUGACCCAAUGGACGUGAUCAAACGAAUAAGAAAAGUUUGCAAAUGCGCCGAAAUUUCAACCAUUGGUCCCCCUGCAAAACCUGAACCUGAGCCUUCAAAGCCAGCUUCAUGCCCUUCAUAUCCUCCAAUUUGUUUCUCAGAAUGUCCUUCCAACCCCAUAGUUUGCGUGCCCCCAAGAUACGUUGUGUGCCGUGAGGAACCUCCGCAGUUUUGCACAUUCAUGUAAACUUGGUGAAAGAUUUUGUUUCUUCAGUAUAAGUGAUGUUCCUAUGCAUAUGU